AUGGAGGAGGCGGAGGAGGCCGGCGCCGGGCCCAGGCGCCGCCGCCGCCGCCGCUCGGGCGGCCGCAGCAGCUCGGAGCGCUCGCCCAGCCCCGGGCGCCUGGACGUGAGUUCGCCGCGCUUCGACCCUCUGCUGGCGCUCUACUCGGAGCGCACGCCGCUGCCUUACCCGGCCGCGCCGCACUUCAACAACCUGGCCGAGUACGAGAGCUUCCAGCGCGGCCUGCUCCGCGCUCCGGGACGUCAGCGAGGGGCCGCCGGCCGCGGCAGCCGCCCUGCGGGGACCCGCGCCCGGAGCCGAGGCGCCCGGGCCCCCGCCGACCCCGAGCGCAUCCAGCGUCUCCGCAGCCUCAUGGUGGCCAAGGAGCCCGAGCGAGACGAGGCCGAGAGGGCCAGGCAGCAGCGGGGCAGGAGGGCGCCUCGCAACGUGCUCACCAGGAUGCCCGGUAAGAGGAGCUGGGCUGGCUUGUUUCUGAAGAGGAGUACUGUAUAUGCUGUGAACUUCUAUAAGUCGCUGGUCGGCAAGGGAGGGAAAUGCACUCUGCGUAUGCUCAGAGGCAGCCCUUUCUUAUGACUGGAAAAGGCAUUCCGGGGAUGGAGCCUCGACGUUGAAAAUGGGUCACUGGCUGGUAGCAUUUCACAGUUUUAUGGAUGUGACAAGUACACACUCCUCUGGCCCAUGUGCACUGUGAUGCACCACGUCCCCCAUGUGUUGGCUUGGCUUAGACCCACGUGUGUACGUGUUGCAUGGUCUUGGCACACGGCACUGUGUACAUACAGGCAAAACCGCAGAAAUAAAAAUCUGCAUAGCACGCUGAUUUCUUUAUGUGUUAGUUGGCACUAGCCUGUGCUGCUAUUGCAGUAUUUAAAAAGACACCAUUUGGUGUUGUGAAACAUACGUUUUAAAACACAUGUGCAUUCCGGAGUUCUGGCUGGGUAUUUGUUGUUGUUGUGAUUAUUUUCUUAUUAAAUUCAUUGGUUGCUUUUUUAGGCAGAGUAACUCAAAACGACCUGCAAUAUAUGAAAGACCACCUGCAUUGAAACUGGCCAAAAAGGGGGGGGGGGUCCUAAAAGACAUUGCUAUUUUCAAAAGGCACAAUUAAAACUCCAUCUGUGUGAGGCCAUAGAUAAUUAAGAGCCGAAAUCAUGGUUUUUUUUAAAAAAAAAGUUUGUGGGUUCAUUGUGGGAAGAAUGUGUUUUCUUGAUUUGGGUGUGUGUAGGCUGUAGAGAGGGGGUGAAGUGUUUGGAGUGAUAAAAAUAUGAUAUAUUUUGAGGCAAGAGAUCAUGGGUGUGGGCAAGAGGGAGAACUGAAUAAAGAGGGAGUUCUGGAGAAGCUCUGCAGUGUGUGGGAAGGUAGGUGCUUUGAUAAGAGAUUAAGGUGUAAAAACACAUUAAGAUUAUUGGUGUAAGGAAUUAUGACCUCUUGGUCUGAUGUGGAAUUUACUUGCUCAUAUACUACAUAUAUAUCCUGCCUUUCCUCCGAGGAUCACAAGAUGGUGCAUGUGGCUGUACUCCCUAUUUUAUUCUUGAAACAACCCUGAGAGAUAGUGACUAACUGGGCCAAGGUCAUGCAGGGAGCCUCAUAGCUGAAGGGCAAUAUGAACCCGGAUCCCCUCAAACAGUGUAACCACCACACCAUGCUGGCUUAAAUGUAAUUGACAUUAGGUUGACCGAAAAUGGGUCAUAGAUGUUGUUCAUAACUGGACGUGUGGACAUUUAGUUCAGUAUAUUCCCUCAGGCUGAGUAACAACAUGCAAAGAACAUUUUGAAAUACAUGUCUGCAUAACCGUGUUGUUGAGUAACAAGGGUGAGAGAACUUUCCACGGCCUUGGGGAAUACUCUGGCCAGAACAGUUGCUAAGGGUAUUGGGAUGCAUGAAAUGUUGAGGUGUAUUGCCUUAGGGAUGUUGUCCAUGGUGGAUAUUAGGCCUGGUACUGGUCAGAGCAGGAAUGGAAAGCUCAGGUCCAGGGGCCUAUACGGCCCUCUAGACCUUUCUGCCUGGCCCUCUGGGCUCUCCCCAGAUACAUCCCUCAAUAGCUCUGCUUCACAUCCUCCUUGGAUGUUUUUCAUUGGUUUGGCUGUGUCGUUGAACUUGUAUAAUGCCUCCUGCUUGCCUGGGUGUAAGAGAGAGAAGGGUGUGUUGUAUAGCACAAAGGUAAUACUCAGAUUCAUUGCUCCACCCACUUUUGCUUCUGGCCCCACCUACUGCUGGCAGGUGGGCCCCAGGAGGUUGCCUACUGGACAGGUUGAUUUAGACAUCAAAGGUCAGGUACUCUGUUCAGUUGCAAAGCAAGAGUGACUGCAUCCUAAGGGCCUCAGCUCAGAGACAGCAUGAAGUGAAGACACAAGUCUCCUGCCGGGAGAUGUAACCAGUCAGGUACUUUCUGCAGCUUGCUGUGCCCCCAUAUCAAACACAUGGUUUUUUUUCACAUUCUGUGGCUUGACAUGUAUAAUACAAAGCAGAAGCCCUGCAUUUGGUGGCAGACAGGGGGUUUGUUGAAGUCACUUUUAUCCCUCACUCCUCUUGCUUAUUUUCUACUUACAGUAUUGAUUCAAGGAGAGACUAGCCUUUGAGAAAAGGCUCUUUUGCUUCUGAAAAAUGCCACUGACCUAGAUAAAACAACAAUAUGUCCCGCUAGUUAUAACAACGGUAUGUCCUUUACAUUGUUAUAAUCUAGGUUCUUAACUAUCCAUCCUAGGGUUAUAAAUAUAGUGCAGCGACUCGUGAUAACAUGAUGAUAGGCAAGUGAAUCACAGCUUGAAGUGUGAUGAUGAUUGUUCUGAGAUUAUGCACGAAGUCCUUUUGCAAAACUCCCACUUAUUUCAGUGGGAUUGUGAUUUCCAUUAUGGUUUGGAAUACCUGUACCGAGAGCCAGAUGACUGUCAGAAAUACAGUUUACAUGCAUCUUAAUACAGUAAUUAGAUCUCAAGUCUUAAUUGAACAAGUACAGUGUUGUUUGUUAUUGAUGCGAUGAGUUUCCAUUUUUCAGGCUAAAGAGUUGAAAAGGUUGGCUAGUAAAUUUCACUUAAAUAGCAAAUAGAUCGUGAUUCCUAACCAAAUGUAAAGUGAUAACUAUGUUCACUGCUUUGGGAACCUUAGGGCCAAAAAGAAGUAUAUAGAGUUGUAUGCAGUUGUGUUCCUCCACACACAGAAGGCUUGUUCUUCCAGCAGAGAGACUUUGUGAACAAAAAGAGGAGAGGAGUUUUUUUCAAGUUGUUAUUUUAUCCUGUCUCAGGCAUACAGCCUAUUCCACCCAUCCCCCAAAGACACUUUACAACAGUCUAAUGUAGUUUGGCCUUAAAUUACAAAUUUCCAUUGUCUUUAAGGUUUUCUUACAUGCUGACUUGGUAUGUGGCCCAGAUGUUGUUGUACCAUAAAACCUCUAAUCUUCUUUCCUCACUUUGGAUUGCUAGCCACUUGCUUUUAAAGUAGAUGGUUUUAGGAACAAAUAUGUGUUCUGUUUCUGUAUCCAACAAGUAAAUAAUAAACUGAGCAUAUAUAACCAUGGGCAGCAGCAUUGACCACAUGCUGUCUACAUUGGCGUUAUCCUGACAAAAUAUUGACCUUCUAUAGUUGUUUGAGUGGAGCAUCUGCCCAAGCUUUUCAACGUACGAGAUAGGUUUACCUGUAGUGUUCAUGCCAGUUUAUGUUACAGCAAUCUACUAUUGGGUCACUGAAUUGCUAUCCAUGCAGAGCUUAUCUUAUGCAGACUUAACUCAUUGAUGCCCAUGGAUCUAGCCAUGCUAUUUAAAGGACGUCUUACUUCUUUAUUUUGCUUUUGUUUUCUCCAGUAUGAUUGGCGAUAGAUACAUAUAGGUUGUUUGGUAGAGGCAAUCCUUCCUAGCCAGAAAAUACAUGUGCCCCUUUUCUGAAAAUCAUCUUUAAUUUUGUUGAUUACUGAUAAAAAAAAAACAGUAAUCAGUUCAUUACUAAUUAAAAAAAGGAUUUACCAAGAAAGUACCAAGAUUAGUUGUAGCUUCUUAAACUCAGACUAUAGAAUAUCACAGAAUUAUUGUACUCAGCCUCUUUCUGAUCCUUCAUUAAGCUGCAAAAAGUCUGAUUUGGAUUCAUUGAUUCUGUAGCUGGAAGCAUUACAGAGUUAAUAAACCUUAAUAAAACUCUGAAACUUCAUAGGCUCCAAGACUGAUAAAGCUACAUAAUCUGCAUGGGAAGAGAUCUUAAAUUCAUUUCUUGUUUUUAAGCCUUGAAUAACAAUUAUUUUCUCUGCUUUUGUGAAAGACCAAAGAAUGAUUGAAGAACCCAAAUAAUAGUGUGGUCUCUCCCAUGCAUAAAAAUAUAGCUGUUUAGCUGUUAAGAUAGAGAAGAGAUUAUGCUGAUUUUUCAGCUCCCCAAAAGUCUUUACAGCACAUGGAUAGAGCUGGAGAACCAGAAAGCGAUAGUGCCAGAAAGGGUCUUCCUAUGGUGAGUAAUUAUUCCCUGGCACAUAAAGUUUAGAAGCCAUUGUUGCUUGGGGCUCAGUCGUCAUGCUGUGAGUAGUGGGUCUCUACGCUGCUUAGAGGAGCCAUAAGGGAUAUGGAGUGAAGAUCUGCAAUCCUAUGACCUAGCUCCAUGCUGUAAAUUGAUCCUAACGUUAGAGCCUGGAAGGGGAUUGCUGGAGCAGGGAAACUGAUACUGUUUAUAUCCCAAAAGGACUGUCAUACAGUGGUGCCCCGCAAGACGAAUGCCUCGCAAGACGGAAAACCCGCUAGACGAAAGGGUUUUCCGUUUUUGAGUUGCUUCGCAGGACGAAUUUCCCUAUGGGCUUGCUUCGCAAGACGAAAAUGUCUUGCAAGUCUUGAGAUUUUUUUUUCGCUUUCCCCCCCCCUUUAUCUAAUCUGCUAAGCCUUUAAUAGCCUUUAAUAGCCUUUUAGCAGCUAAUCCGCUAAGCCUUUAAGCCUUUAAUAGCCGCUAAACCGCUAAUAGCGCUAAUCCGUUAAGCCGCUAAUAGGGUUGCUUCGCAAGACAAAAAAACCGCUAGACGAAGACUCUCGCGGAACGGAUUAAUUUCGUCUUGCGAGGCACCACUGUAUUUGUAAAGAUCCUAAAUCCAGGAGUAGCCAACGUGGUUCCCACCAGAUGUUUAAGGCUACAGUUCCCAUCAGCUCCAGCCUUGGUCAGUCAUCAGGAAUGAUGGAAAUUGUAGCCCUAAGCAUAUGGAGAGAGCACCAUGUUGGCUACCCCUGCUUCAAAUCUUGCCAUCUUUCAAGGUCACUCUCAAUUUCACUUGCUAAUGGAAACAUUAGUUUUGAGUUGAUAUUUUGCGAGGACAAUUCUAGUAUUCAUGCCAGUUUGCAACAUGCUAUAAUCCGAGGUGUCAAUGUCAUCAUUUGAUUUUUUAUAGGUCAGGGUUUUUUGCUUUGCUUAUGAGCAUAAAUAAGGCAUUAGUACUGUCCCACUCUGUUGGAUGUCUGGCAUGUACGUUUACAUGUCUGGCAUUCAUGUUUACAUAGUUUGCUUAUCCAGGAGAUUUGGUGUGCAAGACGAAGAAUGCUAGAUAAGCUACGUUGUUACUAGACUGGCUUAUGUGUGAAUGGCUUGGAUACAGAGAUGCAGAAAGCUUGUUCCACUCAUGGGAGGGCUGUUCUUGACACAGCAGAAGAGUGUUGCACAAUAAAAAUUAUCCACAAUCUAGAGGAGCUAUUGUGUUUGUGUGAACUCCUCUUAAGACUUUUAUAUGGCUUUUUGGUGUUUAUAUAUCACAGCCUGCGUCCUCCCUAUGUUUCUUGAGCUGUAAUUUAACACCCUGAACCAUGUUGGUGCUGCAGUGUGUGCAGACUCCUAUUGUGUGCGCAAGAGUUCAUGGAAUACAUUUGUACCUUGGUUCUCAAACGGAAUCCGUUCCGGAAGUCCGUUCGACUUCUGAAAACAUUCGAAAACCAAGCUGUGGCUUUCUGUACUCAAUCAAAAGCCAUGGAAGCCCCGCUGGAUGUUUGGCUUCCAAAAAUAAUUCGCAGACCGGAACAGUCACUUCCAGGUUUGUGGGGUUCGGGAGCCAAAACGUUUGAGCACUAAGCUUUUCAAAAUCCAAGGUACGACUGUAGUACUAACAUGUUUUUUUUUGCUUUCUACUUAGUAUUAUUUGAAUAUCUUUGUGUGUGUGUGUUUUACUUAGAAGGCGUUUUUCAUACCUUACUGCCGCUUACACACACACACACACACACACACACACAUUUAAGCUAACUAUGAAAGCAUCAGAAAAAGCCAUAAAAAACACCAGGCAAAGCCAUUAAAAUAACAGGCAUUUAAAAGAGUAUCAGGCAUUGUUAAAACAGUGGAAAGCAGGAUGAACUUGACCUGAUGCUUUUGCAUAUUUGUCUAGCGGGGGUGACCAAAAUUUGGGUGUUACCACUGAAAAGACCUUCCCUCUUGUAGCCAGGCACUUACCCUCCAAAGGCAGAUGUUCAUGGAGAAGGGCCUUUGAGGCUGAUUUUAAAGAAUGCCAUUAUUUAGAUGGCCAGGUCCCAGGCUCCCAGACUGUUUAGGGCUUUAAAGAUUGAAAGUCAACAUUUUAAACUGAAUCCAGAAAUAGACCAGUAGCCACUGCAGCUCUUUUAAACAUGUUCUGAUACGUUUUUGUUGCCGGUCUUGUAGUCCCAUUAAGGCAAGUGACUACUAUGUGUGCUUAUAGUUGCCCAUCAAACUAUGGGGUACAGAUCAUUUUCUUGUAUACCGUAAAUUAAGCCACAGGAACCAUGCUGAUGAUUGGCACUUUGUUACAGAGGCAGUGAUUAUCUACUAAAAAUAUUUAUGUUGUAUGGUGACAACCCCCAGUAGCCUUUUAAUUAUCCUUUAGAAUUUGGGUAUUAAACACAUACUUUACAUUGGGGGGAAAAUCCAUUUUGAACUAUUAGGGAUGUAAUUAUGGCCUCCUAGACUGCACAAAUGAUUGACAAUGCAUCUGCAUUGCUUUUAAGCCACAGAAAAAUAAUAGCUACAUGCAGAGCAUAAUAGUUUUUGAUGUUCACAGAAUGGUUAUGAGCUGCAGAGACAAAUCUAACACAGGGUUUUUCCUCCUCUGGAGAAAUCAUCAUAAGAGUGUAGAAGCAUCUCUUGGUAUUUGGUGGUGAUAGGGUUAGGGAACUAUGCCAGCUGGAUAUGAUUGAUAAGAGGUUGAAUAGGCCAUUCUGUGCCAUUAGGACGGGAUCAGAGUGCUUUAUUAGCAAAAUAUUCCACAGAUAAGCAUUCCUGAAAACACACAGGACUAAAGAACAAACUGAUAUGUGCAAGAGUUGUGAAACCUCGAUCAUUUUCUGCAAGUCUUACGCUUUGAGCCCAUGGAGCUCAGUGUUCAGAAUAAGACAAGACUGACCUUGCAGAUACUGGUUCUGAUUUAAAUAAGCCUGAGUUCCACUUUAUAUUAUUUACUGGGAUUUUGUGGGUUGUAAAUCUUAAUAGCUAGGUGAGGUUGACCAAUUUUCCUUAUACAGUGUUACCUCAGGUUACGAACUUAAUGCGUUCCGGAGGUCCGUUCAUAACCUGAAACCGUUCUUAACCUGAGGCGCGGUUUUGCUAAUGGGGCCUCCUGCUGCUGGCGGACGAUUUCCGUUCUCAUCCUGGGGCAGAGUUCGCAACCUAGAGCAACUACUUUCGGGUUAGCGGAGUUUGUAACCUGAAGCGUUUGUAACCCGAGGUACCACACUAUAUGUUGUUACUAUGACAUAAGAAAACUGAAGCCUUCAGUAGUGUUAUAAAGCGUAGCUAAAUUUGUUAUUCCUUAACUGCAUUCAGACAUGACACUUUAAAGACUAACUUGUUUUAUCAUGGCAAAAGUGAAAAGUAGUUAAAAAGUAUUGGUGCAAACAGGGCAAGUUUGUUUCUUAGAUCUCCCCCAAAGCAAGUUGUAGACUAGAGUAACCUAUGACCCUUCAUAUGUAGUUGGACUCUCAACUUCCAUCAGACUCAGCCAGGAUGGCUAAUGGCUGAGGAUAAUGGGAGGGCUAAAGCUUUCCUAUUCCUGCUGUACAGGAAUUUAGUCAAGACAUUGCAGCUGAGUGGGUACUUGGUAUGAGAGUAUAAAUUGGUGACAUUUUCCCUAAGCAGAGUUCACUGUAAUGCUUUGAGUAAAAACAGUGAAUGGUUUUGUUUUAUUCUCCAUGGCAUUUGUUUCAGUAAAAAGUAAUGGCAGUUUACAUUUAUUCUAGUUCACGAAGGCAGUCCGCUUGGGGAGCUUCACCGAUGCGUCCGUGAUGGUGUAAAAGUCAACGUCCACGUCCGAACUUUCAAAGGACUUCGUGGAGUCUGCAGUGGGUUCUUGGUUGCAUUUGACAAGUUCUGGAAUAUGGUAAGGAUUGUCACCCCCUCUCUAUGAUUUUACAGCUAAUUACCAAUUGGCAAAGGGUUACUUCAACCAGAUGGCAUGUUCAGCAAAGGGGUAUGGACAAUCCUCUAGUUUCCAGGUAGAAGUGAGUCUUGGCUCUUAUCUGGUCAGUUCAAAGCAUCAGUGGAACAGUCUUGCACCCUGUUUGCACCCUGUUGACCAGAGAGUGUUUCUUCAGAGUCUUGUCUUCGGUUAACACAAGCUGAGCUAAUUGUGUUGGAUUGUUCUCACUUAACUUUCUCUUUCUUUCUCUUGUUUUAUGCCCCCCAUUCCCCCCCCCGCAAGAUCUUUGCCACCUCCUUUACUUUCUUGGUUGCUAAGUGAAAGACACGCACAAAAUGUCUUUGAAAAUGUAUGGGUGAAAGCAGAAAUCUCCCUAAAAUAUGCAACAAAAGCCCUAGUAGUCAUCUGUUUGACUGGAACCCCAAGUCGUCUGGCAUUAAGGUCGUCCCCCCCCCCCCUGCCAUUCUCUUGACCUCUCUCCCACAUGCACAGCAGUUUGUGAUCUUUUUGUUAAGGUUCCUUCCGUGUUAUGCUAACUCUGCAAGGGCUUUUUAGUUUAGUUCGAACUGGAUGCUGACGAGUUAGAAUUAAGACACGAGCUGAAUGUGCCACCCGUCUAGAGUGCUAGCUGCAAGUGUAAGCACAAAACUUGAUACAGAAUCAGAGAAAAAGUUUUAUUUGCAUCACCAGGCCAGAAUCCUAACCAAACUGACUUAGACCUUCAGAAGAAUAGGGAAGGGCAAUAGGCAAGUGGCUGCGCCCUCUAACACAGCCCCCCCCCCAACCUCUUCAUGUUUGGCAGAAGUUCAAAAGGAGGAGCCCCAAUGCACAGGGCUUUCAUUCAUAUGGAGAAGUCUAUGUGUACAGACUCCUCUUGUACUGAACCCGGGAACUUGGAAGCGCGGAGCCCCUGGAGAUGUUAGGGGUGGGGCAAGCAGGCAGGCAUGCAUGCAAAGCACUUCUGAAAAGGGCUAAGGAGAAGAUGAAAAGAAAUGUGCAAACAUUUUGUAAUUGUAAUUCUGCAGGUAUCCUGUUUAAAUUUGUGCUUUCUUCUGUUUUUCUUUUUAAAAAAUAUAAUUGUAAGCAGUGUCUUUAUAAAAAACAACAACCUGGAAAGGAUUAAAUUAUUGGAGUAAUGUGUAAGCUGGAUAAUGCUAAUUCCUAAUUCUCUGCACCCAGGCCCCAAAAGUUACAUGACAAAAAUGCCAUAUACAGCCACAGCCUGCCUUGAUAUUUUCUUUCUGCUUCCCUUGCCCUAGGCCCUGACAGACGUAGAUGAGACGUAUCGAAAACCUGUGCUGGGUAAAGCUUUCUAUGUAGAGCCACAGUUGACUCUCACCAGGGUAAGUAGCCAUUCUCCCGCUUGUUUGUUGUUCUGGGCCAGCCCUGCUGUUAGGCAGAGUGACAGCAAAGAUCCCCUGUGUUGCGAACAGAAAAAUCUGGCAACCUAAAAGCAACACGACAGGCUAAUAAUUUGAUUACAACACUUUAUAUAGCUACUAAAUUGGAUCUUCAUUCAGAGUCACUAAUUAGUAGUGAAAGCUGAACCAUUGUAACCUAUGUACCCUCUCGUACCUCUUAUUUGCUGAGGAAGAAAGUUUGAAACAGUCGGUUAUCCAGGAAGGACUGUCCUGCUACUGCCUCGGGAGCAUCAACUUCUUUCAGCAUGUUCACUGCUAAAUAUAUGAAUAAGUCAUGGAUAUAACCAGGUGCAUCCGUGCUGUGGUUGGGACUUUAUACUUAUUUUGGAAGGCAUGUUGCCUCAAGCUUGAAUCGUUCUCUGUUUGAUACACCAUUGAAAAAAUCCUUUACUUUGGGGAAUUCUCUGAAGUCACAUUAGUUGGUGUUACCUUGUAUAUAUUGUAUGCCACUUGACUCUGAAUGAAGAUACAAUUUUGUAGCUAUAUAAAGUGUUGUAAUCAAAUUAUUGGCCUGCCUUGUUGCUUUUAGGUUGCCAGAGUAGGCAGAGUGAGGCAGCAGACAUGGAGGAGAAGAGAAUGGUGGCAAGGUGUUGGAAGGGAGAGCUGUGUGUGCCACACCAUGGCCUACCCAAGCUAGCCUGCUAAUUUCCAUUCCAGCUGGAUUCUGUACAUGCAAUGGGGGGGGGGCAUCUUGUUCUUUGCCUCAGACAGCAAAAUGUCUUGGGUCAGCCUUGUAGUUGGCUGGUGCAAGUGCACUAAAUUGAAGCCUAUAAGCUCAAUUUCCCACAUACUAAGGGUGUAUUUUAUUUCAAAACAGACUUAAGGUUAAGCUGGAGUGCUAGCUCAUUUCUUAAUGUCAGGUAAAUGGAUAGAGCAGCAAAAGUGGGCCCUGUUCCCACUUUCCAGCCCUUACCUUGUAAAGAACUUAUAAAGUUGCUGGCCAAGGGUAGAGAUUUCUUUUUCCAAAACCUUUAUCUUUUGGCACACUUGGCAACAUUAAUCCACUCUUUCAUAAAAUGUUAACAAGGUGGCUUACAACAUAUGGAACGCAAUAAAAGCAAACUAUAAAUAUCUACAAAACAUAAUUAAAAAUAUUUGAUACUGGAUGUGUUUUGCAAGCUUCAGCUAUAGGUGGCAGACAGUGUAAUUUUUUUUUACUUGCAACUGGUAUACACGUGCUUGAUGGCUUAGGACUUGUUGCUUUGCAACCUGCUUCCUUGGGAAACACUGUUAAAGGAAGAGGAAACUUCUGUCUAUGCUUAUGCCCUUGAUAGCCUUUUCACAUGGGCAGCUUCCUAAAAUGACGAGCAUCCAUGUGUAAGUUCUCCAUUAGCCAUUGCUCUUCAUGACCAGUGGUCAGCAGAUUUAUCUAGCAAAAUGUAUCCACUAGUACCACUUACUGUUUAACAUUUAUUCAACACCAGCAAUGAACUAGGCUCUAUUCACACAAAGACUGAAAUGAUGCAGUCCUUGUCCCAGAGGGCUUACAGCUCAAAUCAGAUUGAUCUAUUGCUUUUAGCCCCAGGAUUUAACAGAGCAGUACAAAGUCAUAGCAGUAGCAUUUGUCACAAGGCCAAAUCUGCUAUGUGUACAUGCGUGAGGUGCGUUAGUCAUGCACACAGAAAACAUGGAAGCUGGAUAACUCCAUAACUGCCAAAUAAGUAAUCUCCUUAGCAUUAGAGUGCUUACAGUUUGUAUUAUCCAGCCAACAGAAAGUACUGUACAUGAAAAGCAUUGCUGUGUAUUUUUCCUCUUGCAAAAAACACCCACUCUCUAGUUUGGCCCUCCGUGGUGGGCCAUAUGCUUUCCGAUUACAGAAUGAGAUGACAGCUUUCAUGACAUAUUUGUUUCCUCCCACCCCCUGUAGCUGUUUGACAGACUCAAGCUGCAAGAGUCCCUGGUUAAGAAGGACGUUUCAAAGAUGGCUGCUGAUCUGCCAGCUCUUCCAUGUGAUCCUAGGACACUUCGGUGGAAGUCCGAGUCAGGUCGGAGGAGGUCAGAAGAACGAGGGGCAAAGAAGCGCUCGAGCAAAGAGAGGACACGGAGCUCUAGCCUGCCUCGAACUUAUGGGAAAGAGAUUGAGCUGUCUGGCAGAAUCUCCCAAACAGAGGGGACGAGUGCAGGUGGCACAAGAGGUCGAUCACGGAAAAAGCGGAGGCCCAAAGUGGAUUACCAGCAAGUUUUCACACGACACAUAAACCAGAUUUUUAUUCGGGGGGAGAAUGUCUUGCUUGUUCAUCUAGCCCAUUGAUCUGAUUGCCAUUACUCAGCCAGCAGCAUGAACAGUGGUGGCAGCUGCAUGCUACUUUGUGAAUUGUUUUGUAACUUCUUCUCUUCCUCUGACUAAAAGGAAGGAAGGCAAGAGCAUCUUGAGCCAGCUACCAGCUUGUUUGGACUAAAAUUUGGCCAAGGAAGCUGCUGCCUCCACAAAGAGAAAGAUCUCCUAAGUCCUUGAACAGUGGAACUUCCAGAAUUUGUGAUGCUGUGGGGCAAGUAUUGCUGUAUAUUAAAAACCCAUGUGGUCUGAAACAAGUAGCUCUGUUUUUGCUAUGUGGCUGCAAAAGAAGCAGAGUAUGCCAUUGACCUUGGUACUUCAUUGUGAAAUGCUAGUAAUUUGAAAUCAUGGAAAAGCACGUUUAUAAAAAAUGGCAAUGGAAUUCAGAGCGUGUGAAAAGGAGGAUUGGCUUUAGGUAUGGACUUGUUUGGAUCUCAUCUCUCCCUCCUCCUAAUAGCAUGCAUGGGGAGGUAUUCCAGAGUUGAAUCACAGUGCCCUCUGGUGUCUUGAACAAAAAGGGAAUGGAAACUGAAUCAAGUGGUUAUUUGCUGAUGGGAUGCCUUUUCUCUCUAACUCAUUUGUGAUCAAAGGCAGUAUUUGGCCUUUUCUUCAGUAUUUACACAGCCUAUGCUCUUAAAACCAUCUUCCCCUGCUUCCCCACCCCACCCCGCGCCACCAGCAAACAGUGAAUGUAGCUAACUAUGUAACUUCUCUACCUGGAGCUUGUCUAAAUGUAUGUAUUAUAAAAUGGGUUGGAACAACCCAGAAAUUGCAAUCCAGGUUUUUUUUUAUUGUUCAUUUCAUCCAUUUGUGUGUUGCAGCGGUAAAGACUUAAGGCGAUGUACAUAAGUUGCUUAAAAUAGAGAAGAUGGUGUUUUAUUCUUAGGCACAGUUAUACAUUAUAGAAGUGGCUGAUUUCCCUGAUGGUGAUUGAAGAGAAUAAUUUGCUUGUGAUACCUGCAAGCGUAGUCCUGAUUGCUUCUAGGUUCUGAAUGACAUGCCUCUAAUGCUAGUUUGAUUGUUCCUGAGAAGCAUGUUUUAAGACUACUGAAAAGUAUGCAUGGUGAUUAUUUAGAAAAUCAGUAUUAUUAACUGUUUCCCCCCUUAUGAUUCAAUAAUCAUCAGAAGAAGCUGUGCAACAUGUUGUAACAAUACAUAUAUAUAUAAAGUGUCUGCCAAGAGAGAUUUUAUGGUGCUGUAUAAUAGUGCCCUCUGUUUACAGUGAGUGUGUGUAUGUAGCACUCCAAUAGCUGGACUUUGCUGCCAUUGCUUGUGUUGGAAUGCAAUUACUAUUGUAUUGGGUGGCAUUUUAAAAGUCUCUGUAGAAUUAUUAAGCUCAAAAACACAGAUUUCUAACUCAAAACAUAUAGGUUACAUUUUGUAAGUCAAUUCUGAUUUUCUAGAAUAAUCUAGCAAUCUUCUAAUGAAUAGCGUUUUCCACCAUCGAUAGUAACCCUUAGACAAUUGCAUGUAGUUUGUGAUUAUCAUUUUUUCAGGCUUAAAGAAAAAUAUUCAUGGGUGGAGCUCAGUUUCUUUCCUCUUAUUUCUCCAGCCGAGUUAUGGGCUGCAAAAUGGGCUGGGUAGGCUCAAGUAGGGUAGGUUUCAAGGUGGGAAGGGAAGAUGAUUGUUCCAACUUUUGUGUUUGGAGGCAACCAUUUUUUCCCCACUCAGUGCCUUGAAAUUUGCAGAGUUAUGGCAUCAUGUGGGAUUCACAGGAUCUUUUUGUAGAAAGAAAGAAAGAAAGAAAGAAAGAAAGAAAGAAAGAAAGAAAGAAAGAAAGAAAAUCUGCUGCUGCUAAUGAUGAGCCCUCUCCCAAAUCAUCUGGAGAAUUAUUUCCCUUCAGAAAAUAUUUGGUGAAAUGGCCCCAAUUUGGAGGAGCUCUGAAUGUCAUGCUCACCCCCCGAAAACUGAGUCUGCAGUUUGAAAAGGAAGGCCAGUGUGGAGAAGAGGGGCUUCUUAACCCUUUUUGUUCAUGUUGUUUUUCCUGGGGAGUCCCAAAGCUUUCCUCAGUGGAGAGUAAAGCAAUCUUCAGUGGAGAAAACAGCAUGAGGAGAAAGGGUUGUGCCCCACAGCCCGCCUGCUUCAAAAUCUGUGAAAAAGAAGCAUGGAAUGAUCCACUGUGUGAAGUUCUGCCCUGAGUAUUGUGAGGUUCAAGGAAUUAGCCAUUUUAUUGUCAACCUAGUACAGCUCAAGACGACAGACUGAAAGAAAGGUACAAGAGCUAGGAAAGGAAAAGGAGCCAAACUUGGAGUUCACCCGCCAUUUGCUAUGUUUAGCAUAACCUCUUGACUUGAUGUGUAGCUUCCCCAUUGAGUGGGAAUGGGAUAUGCAAAAUGUCUCAGAUGAUGUUAUAUUUUUCCCUGGGUUAUUCUUUGCCAUGCUGCAAUUUAAAAUGCAUGUCACAAACAUGUUUUUCACUCUUUCACCCUCCUUGCUUCAAAAAGAAACCCAGGGACAUGAAAUACUAGUUUCUGAAUUCCCUUAGCAGCCUACCUUUUGCCCUUUCCAGUUUGACUUUUCCCAGUCACCUUUGGCUGCAAAGGCUAUCACAAAAAUGAUCUUAAGAGAUUCUUGUGGCUGGAUUUAACGAAUUUUGUGUCUGUUCUUGAUUCUUCCUCUGUGGCUCUUUUCUCCUCAAAGUACAGUUUCUUGACUCUGUGCUCCAGACAGUUUUCUUUUAGCUUAAAAAGUUCACCUAGACACCUCUCCCAUCUAUCUAUCUAUCUAUCUAUCUAUCUAUCUAUCUAUCAUCUAUCUAUCUAUAUCUAUAUAUCCCACAUUUUCUAUUUUGGGGGGUGGGUAGGCUUCAUAUGUCUGUUCUUGAGAUGCCUGCCCUUUCACAUUCUACUUCGCUAAGGUUAGGCCCCCAAAAUAAAAAUUUAAGUGGACCAUCAAAUUUUGUUUUUUGCUUUUUCCUGAAUGAUCUUUCCCUUCACUGGUCUUUAUCCAUAUUCUUUGGAAUGCCAAAUGCUUUCAUAAGUCUGCCUCUGUAAGUUUACUACCUCAUGCUUCAGUGUUUAAAUUGCUGCUGCUUUUGUCUUCCAGAAUCCUUUUCACAACUUUGUCUGUGGUCCCAUAUCCACUGUCAAUUUCACAAGACUCUCUUUUGAAUUCUUAAAAAUAUCUUCGGACUCUUACUGACUUGCACGUUUUCUAUUGUUACUUGAAGCCUCUAGAUCAAAGGUGCUAAGCUUAAUUUCCAAGCUGUUGUUUUGGAGUUGCAAUUCGCCUUGUAUACGUAGUACUUAUGGAAGCAUAUCUGCCUAUCUUACUAUUCUUCCCACACCUUGCAAAUUAACUCAGGAUUUAUUUAUUUAUUUAUUUAUUGACAAGAGUUUCUCACUAGAAUUCCUAUCCUGUCUUGCCACUUGGUUUCUAAAGUUGCAAAGUGUAGAUGUCAAACGUAAAGUGCCCCCACUUUCCAAAGAUAGUAACUUCAUAAAUUUGAGACAAAGCCACUAUAUAGACCUGAUGAGUAAGGCACGAAUGUCUGGAAAGGGGGACGUUUUCAUAUUCUUCAUCAGCUUUCCUCUUCCAGAUUUUUCUGUUAGUUUCUUGCCUGAUUGAUAUGAAACACACAACUCUCCAAUUCAAUCCAACAAUUAAAAAGAAGAAAACAGAAAGUUAUGGAGAAUCAAAACCAAAAAGGUCUGUGUGGCCACAUUUUACUUAGCAAGUAUGACAUUUGAAAACUCUGUACCCAUGUGUGAGUCACGCAGGUGUUUGCAGCAUUUCCAUACCAGUGAUGUGACAAAUGUUCACCUGUAGAACACUACCACAAAUAUGCAAAGUGGUUGGUUUUUUUUAGACCUCCAUGUAGAGGUUUUGGUAUUUAAACCCUCGGUUACUGUGCGGCAGGUGGUGUUUGUUCCAUCACUGCGGCAAGAAAAUUACACGUACUGAGCCUUUCCCUUUUCAACUUUUGUGAAGAGUUGGCAAACCUGCAAAUGCAGGUAUGUGUGGCUCUGAAGGUUGCAACUAUGUAAGUGACAGGCUGAAUGGAGGUCUCGGAAGUCGAACUUUUUUCUGCUGCAGACUUGCUGCCAUUGGGGGAUUUUUUGUGUAAAGAGAGAAAAUACCCAGAGAGAAAAAAAUAAUUCCUAUAUUGCUCUGACAAUUUUUGUCUCAAUAUGAGUUCAAUAGUGCCUAUUUACACUUCCAUCAGUAAAAAUCUGCUAUGUGUCAAAACUCAUUACUCAUUCCACGCAGCUCAAAGCAUACUCUGGGAGUGGUUGAAACAUAUUUUAAUUCUGUUUCCCCAGUUUGCAACAGAAUUUCUGUUGGGGAUGAAGAUGCAGAGAAUUACAUUUCUGUUCAGCGCUAGGAAUACACCAGUGCCUUGUUGAAGCUCUUCCUCAAAAUGGAUGUCAGAGGCCUACUUUAGUGGAGGAGUAAUGUGAAUAACUUGUCUCUUGAUGUAUACAAGCCCUUUUUAGAUGUCUCUGAAAAGAGCUAUUGCUCUUGGCUGUCAGAGGUGAAAGCCUGUCAUGAAAGAGAAAAAGGCUUAUCAUGUUUCUGGAUACCUGCUUUAUUAGCUUCACAACAAGGAGUAGGAUUAGUACACCUGAGACUCUGUCAGACUUGUAUUCGUUUAGAGUGAAAAGUAGUUUGAUCAGGUUGUGUACAAACAUAGCUAGUCUGUUUCUUCCCUUUUCUCUCAGAAGAUUGAAGCUUUCCCUCAGGAGAAGGGGGCGGGGACCCUGAAAGCUGCUCCAGGCUCCUUUCGCAAUUAUGUUUGAUUUUCACUACUUCAGAGCAAAGUGCAGCUGUAUCCUAGUAUCAUCUCCUUGGUAAGAUCAGUUUUAGGCUGAGAAACAAACAACCAGAAAUACUUGUCCAACCUCUCUUGGCAUUGUUAGGAAUUUCUUCAGCUGACUGCUGUACUGAUACAUUCCUGGCUUAAUGAUAAAGGUUGGCUUCAGCGUUUAAAGCUUAGAUAAGUGAACCUGAACUACAUUACAAAUUGGUUUAAGUGGCCUGGUCUUCCCACUGAACCUUGGGAACUGUAGUUUAGUGACUUCAAAGUGAACUUCAGUUCACAAGGUUCCUUGCUUAAAAACCUUAGCAGGCGCAAAAUUGAUUUAAAUUUGUAGUGCAGGUAUACUUUUAGCCUCAAUCACUGGGUUUGAUUCUUCUAUGCCUUUGCUUUCUGUGUCUAUUUUCCCUCUGAGACUGUUCUCAUUUGUAAAUAAAGGGGUAACGUUUGCAUUUUUUGUAUAAUGUAAAAUGUAAAAAAUAAUACAGUAAAAAUACCUAUUACACACCCUUUUUGUCAGGCAUUAGCUCUCUAGCUUUGCAAUUCAACAGAUCAGAACGGAUAGAUAUAUGGCAUAUAAUACACACAAAAAUACUCUGAACUAAACCCCGGUUUAGUUGCAAGUACCCACCAGAGUACUUCGGACUGGAAGGAACAUGCAAGCUGUUUAAUCUGUCUUCCUGUUUUAUUUCUGAGAAGAAAUUGCUGCUACGAACCUAAAAAUGAAUGUACAGUUUAUUUAUUUUUGCUUGAUGGAUUUAGAUUUCUGUAUACAAAAGAGUUCAACCUCUAAGGCAAU